AUAGCUAGAGGUCGAUCGCUUUGGACGGCACGUCGCUGUCAUGCCUCAUGCGUACGUUUACUCGCUACAGAAGCAACCGGCGUCUGCCAAGUGGUUGGGCCGUUGGAAUUCAGGGAUCAGACGGAAAAGGGCGUCCGGUGAAGAAGUUCCCGUACUUGAAGGAUCUCAAGGGAAUAUACUGUAUCCAGUAUGAUUCGGCCUGCUAAAUUUGUUUGCGACCUGCCUGCCGAUCUUGAGAGGAUGCGUCGAUGCAUAGGUCUCCUUGCUUGUUUGGUUGGGCAAGCAAGUUAGGCUCUCGUCAUGGUCAUCUCCACAUAUGGCAGGCAUAACCAAUUCCCUGCCUGCUCCUGCUAGAUGUUUGCUUGAUAUUGAUAGCAGUAAUGAUUAACUCCUAUUGUGCAAGUUGCAAUGAAGGCAUGCAGGUCUCGUGUAGUACUACUUUACAAGUUAAAACCUUUUUCCCCCUUAAGUAUAGAAAACAAGAACGAACCAAAGGGGACUGCCACAACACGAAAGGAGAGAAGGACAUGUGCGUGGUCGGAGCAAUCAACAACUACACCGCCGCGCUGAAGGACUCGUCAAGUCCUUAUGAUCCGACCGAGAGCUUGAUGUUCCUGGCGCACUUCGUCGGCGACGUCCAUCAGCCCCUCCACUGUGGCCAUACCGAAGAUCUCGGCGGCAACACCAUCAUCGUCCACUGGUACAGAAGGAAGAGCAACCUUCACCAUGUGUGGGAUGUGAACGUUAUUGAGACAGCCAUGAAGGAUUUCUACGACAACGAUCUAAGCACCAUGAUACAGGCCAUCCAGCAGAACAUCACUGAGGAGUGGGCUAACGAAGAGAAACAGUGGGAGACGUGCCGUAGCCGGACAAAGACUUGUGCCGACAAGUACGCUGAAGAGAGCGCAAAGCUGGCCUGCAAGGCGUACGAGGGUGUUGAACAGGACUCCACCUUAGAAGAUGACUAUUUCUUCGCUGCGCUGCCCGUAGUUCAGAAGAGGAUUGCCCAAGGAGGUGUGAGGCUUGCUGCAAUACUCAACAAGCUAUUCCGUGGGAACAGCAAGCUACAGAGCAGCUGAUUCAAUUAGAAAUUAAACAAUUGAAGGUGGGGAGGAAUUGGUCUGCAUUCUGAACUAGAAUAAGAUUAUCUUGUCUGACAAUGUAACUUUAGUGAUCAGAUCACGACCAUGACUAGAUGUAUUUUCUAUUCGUCAGAGUAGCUCAUGAUUUGUUACAGAAUUGAUGAAGCACUCGUACGUAAUGCGUAAGUGUGCAGUAGAUGGUGUAUUCACCUGUGUAUCCCUGUAUCUGUGUGUCUUUCAGCUUGAUGUAAGAAGAAAUGUAACGAAAUGAAUAGAAGAAUUUGUGGAUGCAUGGAUCGAUA